ACGGAUAAGGUAUAAAGAGGUGCUUGGGAGUGCGACGUUAAGACCAACUCUUCAACUCUCAACAACUAUGAGGGCUCUGAACUCUUUCGCGGUUCAAUUUCUGAGGUGACUUUUGAGCGAAAUCGAUUAGGUAUUUGAUUAUUGAUGGCUGCAAGUGCAAACCCUUCUGGGAAUCAAGAAGGGAGCCAUGACACUUCUUCCUACAAUGGUGUCGCCAGUAGUGGGAACCCGUCCAAUGGCAAUUCUGGUUCAGUAGUGGAAAAUUCUGGUCUUGCCCAUACUCUGAAGCACAACCCUGGUCUGUCGAGAGAGUGGACGGCAGAGGAGCAGUCGAUCUUAGAUGAAGGGCUUGCCAAAUAUGCCUCUGAAACAAACAUAGUUCGGUAUGCAAAGAUUGCCAUGGAAUUGCAAGAUAAGACAGUCCGAGAUGUGGCAUUGCGUCUUAAAUGGAUGACAAAAAAGGAAAGCGGCAAGAGAAGAAAAGAGGAUCACAAUUUAACAAGGAAAAACAAGGACAAAAAGGAAAAAGUUACGGAUCCUUCAGCAAGAUCAUCAUCUCACUUGGUGGCCCGACCUAAUGUUCCUCCGUAUGCACUGCCAAUGAUCCCUGUGGACAAUGAUGAUGGAAUCUCUUACGAAGAUAUUGGUGGAGCUACAGGACAGAUGCUUGAGCAAAAUGCGCAGGCAUUUAAUCAAAUUUCAGCCAAUCUAUCCGCUUAUCAGAUACGGGAGAACGUCAAUCUCUUUUGCCGAGCUCGGGAUAAUAUCCUCACGAUCUUGAAAGACUUGAAUGACAUGCCGGGUGUAAUGAAUCAAAUGCCGCCACUUCCAGUGAAAGUGAAUGAAGAGCUUGCCAAUUCCAUUCUUCCUCGGACAACCGUUCCGAUGCAAUCAUGAUCCUGACUCAGGAUGUAGCCAAAAGGAGUGGACCUCAGGUGUUUGAAGUUUCCAUUUGGUUUUGAUGUGGGGAUGGGUGGUGGCCAUGCACGCUAGGGCGUCGUGACCCCUCUAAUGGCUCUGGUGCUGUACCGACCCCCCCCCCCCCCCCAAAGAAAAAGGAGAUAAAUCUCCCAUUGUAUAUUAGUGUUACAUUGUAUAGUUACAUCGUAUUUGUUCAUUAUGUUUCUUCCUUGAUGGAAUGGGAAGAAUUUGUA